AACUCUCUACUCUCGCUCAGAAUGAAUUGGAAGAGGAAAAGUUAAUCAGACAAGCCACCUAAACAAGUGAUUCAGAUAGCGAUAAAAGUUCCUACACCGUGCGUGUUCUUUCUCGGAAGCGUAAUCAAUCAUUGCAUGGCAUGACACGACUACACAACAGAACAAUGCGUUCUUAAGACACAAGUCAGACUAAAAUUAUGCUAUAGUGAUGAUGAUACAAAGAAUAAAGCAUACGGGAAGAAGUUAAUAACGCAAGUGUACGAAACCAAUUUAUGCAUUUCGCAACAUAUGUAAUACUAAUGACAUGAUAUCACCCUCACGCCACAUGGAAAGCUAUGGAUGGAGAGAGGAGGGCGAGCUAGGGGGCAGAUCGACCAGGUGGUGGAGAAAGUAGUUGGUGCGAACUGUUUCUUUGGCGUUUUUGGUAUUUGGAGAAAGUGAGGACUUGGAGGAUGUGCGUGUUGGCGUGGACGUCGUGGAUCGAUACACGCUGCUGCUCUGCUAUAUAGUGGUGACUACUGCCUCACACUUUCUCCAUCUGGCUCAGCUACCUCCUCGUUCGUUUCCUCCUCCACUUUCCCUCACACUUUCUCAGCCGCACGAUGCUGUGAAACAGGUUCAUCCACCUCCUCCAUUCUUUCGCCGAGGUCUUCACCACUUUUAGUUUUACUAAGCUUGAGUGGCACAAUCAUCAUAUUUUGUUCGCAUGGAGGUGGGCAAAGGAUUUCUCCAGUUGCAGGAAGAUUACAGCCGGAGAUCAAGUCUGCAUCCGACAAUUGGAGACGCGUCCAUAUUUGCCUAUGCCACUCGAGUGGGAUGCUGUGGUUGUUGUUCCAUUAAAGUGGAACGAGAUGAGGACAGGUUUCGAAUCGGACGUCUAAGUCUUGCCCCGUAUUGUCAUCUGGCCCUCCUUGUUUUUGGACUGUGUUUCCUCCUGGCCGGUGCAGUACUGACAGGAUUGGCGUAUAGUCAUCCUCAACAACAUGCUCCACUAAUUUAUUCGCAGUUGAAGCAGGGAGAAGAUUCCCAAGAAGAGCGGGUGGCAGGUCCUCUUUUUCUUGUCGUGGGUCUUGGUCUCCUUGCCCUCGGAGUUGGCUUAGCGAUGCUUGGUUGCAAACUUGAAAGGGCAGCUGCUCGCCAAAGAUCUGCAAUGAGUCGAUUCAGUUUUGAGUCCGGGGGAAGCAGAAGUGUGGACAUAUUUGCCAAUCUGGAUGAUAUCAGGUCUCAAGGUGGAGAUUCUUCUCACAGAAGAGGCUCAUUUUUUGGUUCGUCUUUCAAUCAAACUAGAAGGUCCACAUUGUCGACAAUUGCUCAGGCAGUCCCCCUCGGGUUUUUCAUGACAGAGUCUCCCCGCACUCCGAAAACCCCGACCACAGUAAAUCCUCCCACUAACAAUUCCACUACUGCGACCACAAAGCUUUCUGACGAGUUCCAAGAAGUGGAAUUGGGCAGUCCGACCAGAGAUGACGAAUUUACGCUCCCAGCUCUUACCCUUCGUCCAAGUAUUAUUCCUAUCCCCAUGUUCUUAUCCUCUAAUCGGUUGAGUGCUGGACAUCAUCAGCAUGAAAUACCGGUCCCAUCGAGAAGUGAUGAGCCAUUUGGGUCUAUCGCGUCCCUUAGUGGACCUCGUGGAAGUAUCGCUUCUUUCCCUGCGCCACGAUUCACGGCGCACAUCAACAAUGUGGCCGUGCCAGAAACAAAUGGGCUCCCUCCAAUUCAUGUAAUGGGCACUGGCAAUGCACUCACAGCCUCGCCAAAACAGGGCGCACGACCAAAGCUUCGAGCGACAAAGAGUGAAGAUCGCCCAUCAUUUGAAGGGGACAUUUUAAAUGUCAGUAAUUGCUCCACUGCUGGAACCAGCUCUACAACAAACGCAGAAUCUCAGCGGCGACCCCACUCUGGGUCGUAGUUAAUUGGUGUGAUUACAUAUUUUGAUGGUUCUCCAACUUAGAAUGCAUGAAUGCUUAUAUAAUUAUUUAUAUUUUCAAGCUACGAGUGUCAAUGAUUUAUUGAGAUAAUGGAUUGACAACGAUGUUUGUCACUCAAAUAUUGAGGCUUAUCAUAUACAUUUAAUAAUGUGAUGAAAUAUUCUUCAGAGUGUCAGUAAAUCACAAAAAGAAUGUGAUUAGGUUGGAUACGUGCAUCACCACUGGUCGCAUGAUUGGACUUUUGACUGUGGCAAAAGAUUUUGAACAAAACUAUGAAUAAUUUUGAAAUAAAAAAUUACUAUUAUUAUCCAUCAU